UCUUGAAAGACAGAUUGAUGCUUUAACACAAAAAAACAUUCGAUUGGAACAUGAAAAAUUCGAGUUAAACUUGAGAGUUCAGCGCUUACUAACCCGUUUAGAAAAUAUUAGCAAAUUAACCGAUAACGACCACAGUGCUUUCCGUGAUAAAGAAGAAGCGUGUGCAUUUGCGCUAACGCCAAUGCAACCUAACAAAAAGUUAUCUAAAACGUCUGUUUCUAUUGAAAAGUAUAACUACCUUGCCUCUUUUUCGU